GCCUGUGUGUACGCGCGGUGGACUGGUCCAGCAUCCCUGCGCAGGCAAUGGAGCAAAUAUAGAUGUGCAAAAAAUAUACAUAUAUCUAUCAAUUGAAAAUAUGUAAUCGUGGAAUACUUCUUCGGUGCUGGCAGCUUGCGAUGAGGGAAAGGGGGGGAAUGGGAGAUUGGAAUUUGUGCUGCACCUCUGUGGAGGAUGGAGAUAUGUAUUGUGAGAAGUAAUGCGGAAUAUUUCCCCUCGUAGGUGCUAACAGAGAAAAUACAAGAUGAAGAAGCAAUUCAAUCGGAUGCGACAGCUCGCCAACCAAACGGUGGGAAGAGCAGAAAAAACAGAGGUGUUGAGCGAAGACCUUCUACAGGUGGAGAAACGCCUAGAUCUGGUCAAGCAGGUGUCACACAGCACUCACAAAAAACUGAAUGCCUGCCUGCAGGGUCAGCAGGGGACUGAUAUGGAGAAGAGAUCUGUAAAGUCACCUUCUAAAAAAUUACCGCUUACCAUCCUGGCACAAUGCAUGGAAGAAGGGGCUGCAGUGUUGGGGGAAGACUCUCUCCUGGGAAAAAUGCUGAAGCUCUGUGGGGAGACAGAGGAGAAGCUCGCCCAGGAACUCAUUCAGUUUGAGUACCAGAUAGAGAGAGAUGUGGUGGAGCCUCUUUAUGUCCUUGCGGAGGUGGACAUUCCUAAUAUCCAGAAACAGAGGAAGCACUUAGCUAAACUUGUCCUGGACAUGGACUCAGCACGAACAAGAUAUCAACAGUCAUCCAAGUCAUCCAGUCACCCCAGCACUCUGCAGCCCGGUGCCAAGUCUGAGUCCCUAAGAGAGGAGAUGGAGGAGACAGCCAAUCGGAUGGAGAUUUGCAGAGAUCAGUUGUCAGCAGAUAUGUACAAUUUCAUGGCCAAAGAAAUAGACUAUGCAAACUACUUCCAGACGCUGAUAGAAACGCAGGCAGAAUAUCACAGGAAGUCAUUAGAGAUUCUUCAUAGUGUCCUACCCCAGAUUAAAGCUCACCAAGAGGCGUGGGUGGAGAAGCCGUCGUAUGGCAAGUCCCUGGAGGAACACCUGACUAUAAGUGGGAGAGAGAUUGCCUUCCCCAUCGAAGCCUGUGUCACCAUGUUGCUAGAGUGCGGCAUGCAAGAGGAGGGCCUCUUUAGAGUGGCUCCAUCAGCCUCCAAGCUGAAGAAGCUGAAAGCGUCCCUGGACUGUGGAGUUCUUGAUGUGCAGGAGUACUCCUCCGAUCCACACGCCAUCGCAGGGGCCCUGAAAUCAUACCUUCGUGAGCUCCCAGAUCCACUGAUGACCACUGAACUUUAUGAUGAAUGGAUUCAAGCCUCCAACAUUCAAGACAUUGACAAGAGACUACAGGCGUUGAUGGCAACAUGUGAAAAACUCCCCACAGACAACUUAAACAAUUUCAGAUAUUUGAUCAAAUUCUUAGCCAAGCUGAGUGAGUAUCAGGAUGCUAACAAGAUGACUCCUGGUAACAUGGCUAUUGUCCUUGGACCAAACUUGCUCUGGACACACAAUGAACCGAACAUGACAGAGAUGAUGACGACCGUGUCCCUACAGAUUGUUGGCAUCAUCGAGCCAAUCAUUCAGCAUGCUGACUGGUUCUUCCCUGGAGAGAUUGAGUUCAACUUGACAGGCAGCUAUGGAAGCCCGAUCCACACCAACCACAACUCCAACUACAGCUCUAUGCCCUCACCAGACAUGGACCAAUCCGAUCGCAAGCAGCAGCACGAUCAGAGCCGACGCCCACUGAGUGUCGCCACUGACAACAUGAUGCUGGAGUUUUACAAGAAAGAUGGCAUUAGGAAGAUACAAAGUAUGGGCGUCAGGGUUAUGGAUACCUCCUGGGUGUCUCGUAAGGGUUCAUCCACCCUGGCGCGUAAGGCUUCCUCCACUCCUCCAGGCAUGCAAGGCCCCGGCUCCCCUGCAGACACACUCAUCCCCGAGCAGCCCGGAGAGCUUGCCAUCUCUCCGUCUGCCACACCUCCACUUGGAGAAAGGGUUUGUUCAUUGAAGAGUAAAGAGCUUUCCCCUGUAAUUGGACACAAAGCCAUCCAGGUCGCAGGUCCAACAGUACCCCCCAGCAGUAGCCCUCAAAGCAGCAGCCAGUCUCCCCACUCCACAGAGCACAGUCCACACACCCUGCGCAAAGGUUCCAAGAAGUUGGCUCCCGUGCCUCCUAAGGUCCCAUACGGCCAGUCUGGAGGGAUGUCUGACCAGUCCACAGGUCAGCCGUCACCAGUCAGCCUGUCCCCUACACCUCCUAGCACCCCUUCCCCUUAUGGACUGGCAUGUCCUCCAGGUCAAGUACCACCGUCCUCCCCUGGGCAGACCCCACUGGGUACACCCCACUCUCUUUCGUCCCCGCCUUCCCUGACGGGGACACUCACCAAGUCGCGGCCUGCCCCUAAGCCCAGGCAGAGACCCAGCCUGCCCCCUCCUCAGCCACCCAUAGCCCCUCCGGGGCUAACUGGCCCACCUGUGGCCCCAGUCCCUCAGCCCAUGGAGCAGGGCCUCCUGGAUGGACUGUCUCCUGGGGAGAGCAUGUCUACAGAUAUCUUCAAUUAUGAAAUCCCUUCCAUCAAUGUCAAUCUGGACAGCCUCAUCGAUGAGUUCAGCGGUGCCCCCUGCAGGAGGUCCAUGGCAGUGACAGAUCCAGAGGGGGAUGGUGUGCCUGAGGAGGAGCCCCAGAGCACCACUCUAUGACCUAUCACCCAUAGGCAUCAUUUCCAGAACCCCUAUGGCUGUACAUACUCUUUAACUGUCUCCGCCAAGGCCCGAUGGAAAAACACUGGCCGCACCAUUGCCAACCAGAAAAUGAACCCUCCCUCACAUCUGCUACAGGCUGCAAACAAACUGAACUUUUCCAACUGCUUGCUAGUAAAUUAGUGUGACUACAACUACCAAAAGAAAAAAGAAAAAAAAAACACACCAAAAUGCCAUAGUGGAGGAACAGUUGCCUUUAGGAGGAAAGACUGGAAUUUAGAUGAGUAUUGCAUUAAAAAGAUUUUUUUUUCUAAUUUCUUUUUAUAGCUUUGCUUUGUCGUUUAAUGCAGUGGUCUGUAUUUCUGUGUUUUCAAGUUUCUUUUUGCCUUAUUAGAACAUGCAAUCAAAUUGCAAUAUGAUAUUUGCAAGUUGUACAAUAUUUGGUUAGGGAAACUCAGAGCCUGACAUGGUUUGGAGCAAAGCCCAUCCUCAGGGUGAAACGGAAACACGGAGCGAGAGCGUAGUCUGAUUUUAUUGCUCACAGGGUAUUCAAGCUUUGUGCACAUUAGGAAUAUGCGGAGCCCCAGAGACAGGCUUUGCAUGCCAGAGUAACAUUUAACGUUGUUUUUCUUAGUGCCACUCCCCAUUUUAAAUUCCCCUCUUCUGUCGCAAGUACAGCUACAGUGCUCUGUCUGAAAUUUACCUUUAGGUGAACUCACUUUAACUCACUUUAUACCAGCACAGUAAGAGAAGAAUGUUAUUAUGAUUCAAGUUUUUGUACUUCUUGCAUCCAUUAUUUAUUUAGAAAGCACCACGACGUGUUUGCAUGACAAGCCAAUAUCGAUCGACCUGCUUCUUACCAAGGGCCUGAGAAUGGCAGUGCUUUAUUUUGUGCGAGUGUUACUGUUGUUGUUCACACCGAAAAGUAACUUUAGUUCCCACCCCAGUGCUGUAACAGUGAGUGAUAACGGAUGGAUGACUACACUGCCUUUAGGUUCGUAUGUCUUUCUCUUUUAACUUUGUUUCAAGUGCUUCAGGUUCAGUGACCUUUGACCCCUUGUGUAAAUACAAAGACUGUACAUAAACUGAUGUAUAUAAGCUGAGAGGAAAACUAUAUGUAAAAUGCAUAUCUUGAAUAUAUAAUAAUGAUAUAUGUGCUGAUAUUUAUUGUGUAGAAAAUGUAAUGAUUAAAAAUUUGAUGUUAUUUUUGUCCCGACACACAA